AUGAAAUUAAAGUUCCUGCUGCUUAAAACUGCAACGGCUGUUGCCCACUGCAAGAGAGGGAAUGGCCUCAUUAAAGUUAAUGGAAGACCUCUGGAAAUGAUUGAGCCCAGAACUCUGCAGUAUAAACUGCUUGAACCUGUCCUCCUCCUGGGGAAGGAACGGUUUGCUGGUGUUGACAUCAGAGUCCGUGUGAAGGGUGGUGGCCACGUAGCACAAAUCUACGCUAUCCGUCAAGCUAUUUCCAAAGCUUUGGUGGCUUACUAUCAAAAAUAUGUUGAUGAAGCUUCCAAGAAAGAGAUCAAAGAUAUCCUAAUCCAAUAUGAUAGGACUCUGCUUGUUGCAGAUCCUCGCCGUUGUGAAUCCAAGAAAUUUGGAGGACCUGGUGCUCGUGCACGCUACCAGAAGUCUUACCGUUAAAAUUUGUCUCCAGUCAUGUGGCAGUCAAUAAACAGAAAGAAUUUGAUAAUUUU